AUGAACGGGAUGGGCCAACAUCUUCUUCCAACUUAUUUGAUUGAACGGUUCAACCUAGUUUCCAUCAUUUUAACAAUUUCCGCCAUUUUAUUGUUUUCGUGUUGUUGCAACUAUACGGGAAAUUUGAUAAUGUUACUACAGUAUAUAAAACAUCCUCAUUUUCGUCUCAUAUUCCUUUAUUUUUCUCAUAAUCCCCCAAAGUUUCAUUCCAAUGUCCGUUUAGCGCCUGUUAAUCACAUUGGAAAUGGAAAACCUUAUCGAGCUUCCAGACCAAUAGAAGCUGGAAUUGCUCAAAACCUUCAUGAGCGAUUCAAAAAUGGACAAACCUAUACUAAAGCAAGUAAUGUGUUGGUGUUUGUGAACAAUUUUGAAAAAUUAACCCAGCAGACAUCACUGAACACCCAAAAAUGUCAUAUCUCCGGUGUCUCUCAAAAUGCGUUGCAGAGAAUCACCAGAAUGAGCUCAAACUCGGAGUCUAUUGUAUUUGGAGGAGAAUCUGGUUCUGGAAAAUCUACCAACGCAUUCAAGGUGUUCAAUUUUCUAACAUCCCAACCCAACUCCAAAGUCACCACAAAACACUCAAGUGCGAUAGAGUCGGUUUUCAAAAGUUUCGGUUGUGCCAAGACGUUGAAAAACGAUGAAGCAACUAGAUAUGGAUGUUCAAUGGAUCUUCUUUACAAGAGAAAUGUUCUAACUGGUCUGAACCUAAAAUACACUGUACCAUUGGAAGUACCACGUGUAAUUUCUCAAAAACCUGGCGAGCGAAACUUCAAUGUCUUCUAUGAAGUCUACCACGGAUUGAAUGAUGAAAUGAAGGCGAAAUUUGGGAUCAAAGGUCUCCAAAAGUUUUUCUACAUCAACCAAGGAAACUCCACGGAAAACAUUCAGUCCGAUGUGAACCAUUUCAAGCAUUUGGAAGAUGCACUUCACGUCUUGGGAUUUUCUGAUGACCACUGUAUUAGUAUCUACAAAAUUAUUUCAACCAUCCUGCACAUUGGAAAUAUUUACUUCCGGACGAAAAGAAAUCCAAAUGUUGAACAGGAUGUGGUGGAGAUUGGUAACAUGUCAGAAGUGAAAUGGGUGGCUUUUUUGUUGGAAGUGGAUUUCGAGAAACUUCUAGACUUCUUAUUGCCAAAAUCUGAAAACGGAACUACCAUCGACUUGAACUCCGCGCUCGAUAACAGAGACUCCUUUGCUAUGCUGAUCUACGAAGAACUAUUCAAAUGGGUCAUUAAUCGAAUUGGUCUUCACCUCAAGUGUCCUCUCCAUACCGGCGUGAUUUCCAUUUUGGACCAAUACGGUUUCGAAAAAUUUAAUAACAACGGAGUCGAAGAGUUUUUGAUCAACAGUGUGAAUGAGAGACUUGAGAAUCUUUUUGUGAAACAUAGCUUCCAUGAUCAGCUGGUGGAUUACGCCAAGGAUGGGAUUACUGUAGACUAUAAGGUCCCAACCAGUAUCGAGAAUGGAAAAACGGUGGAGCUUCUUUUCAAAAAACCAUAUGGCCUUCUUCCAUUGCUCACUGAUGAAUGCAAAUUCCCGAAAGGCAACCACGAAAGUUAUCUAGAGCAUUGUAAUCUGAACCAUACCGAUCGCAGCUCCUAUGGUAAGGCUAGAAACAGGGAAAGAAUGGAAUUCGGUGUCCGUCACUGCAUCGGAACCACCUGGUACAAUGUGAAUGAUUUCUUCUCUAGAAACAAGAGAAUCAUCUCUUUCUCUGCGGUUCAACUUUUGAGAGGCAGUAAGAAUCCGAUCAUUGGGCUCUUGGUAGAGAACUAUAGUUCCAACACAACUGAUCAGAUUGUGUCCCAAGCGCAAUUUAUCUUGCGUGGUGCACAGGAAAUCGCAGAAAAGAUCAAUGGAUCUCACGCUUAUUUCGUUCGUUGUAUCAAAAGUAACAAUGAGCGACAGACAAAGAAGUUCGACAUUCCACUUGUCAACCGCCAGAUUAAGAACCUCCUUCUGGCGGAACUUCUUAGUUUCCGUAUCAAAGGGUAUCCGGUGAAAAUGUCAAAGACGUCAUUUGCAAGACAAUACCGGUGCCUUCUCCCAGGAGACAUUGCCAUGUGUCAAAACGAAAAAGAGAUUAUCCAAGACAUCUUGCAAGGCCAAGGUGUCAAAUACGAGAACGACUUCAAAAUCGGAACCGAAUACGUUUUCCUACGAGAACGCCUUGCCGAUCGCUACGAGUCCCAACAAAACCGGAUAUGUUCAGAUGCAGCUAUUGUGAUUCAGAAGAAUCUGAAAUCAUUCGUUGCUCAGAGAAUUUACAAGAGGAAGCGAGCAGCGAUAAUCAAGUUGCAGGCAGGGUUGAGAGGAUGGAAGGCCAGAAGAGAUUACAUUUCAAAACGAGAAGAAAUGUUCAAAGCAAUUGGAAGAACCAUGAAACGCAACAAACGACUUGAUGCUUACCAUCAGGCAUUGGGUGGAGAGAAUUCUGGAAAAUUACAACAUACACUUGUGGGAUACAUUGAUAUUAACGAGGAUGCUAAGAAGGCUUUGGAGCGACCAACGUCAGAUUCAGAAGCUACUGAAACCCUAACUCAGUAUCUGACAAUUCCAGUAAAGACUUUCUUGCCAAACAUGAGGAGCAUUUCUUUAGAGCAAUAUGCCGAAGAAAACUUCAAGGGACAUCUUCUGGAAUCUCGCCGUGAACCCAUCAUGACUCCAUUCUUACACAAAGAAAGUGAAUAUGACUUCCGUCUCUCUGUUGAAAUUUUCAAACUGGUUUUGAAGUAUAUGAACGAUAGGAAGUUUUCGAAAAAACAGCAAGAGGAUUUGGGACGAUACAUUGUUCAACAAGGGAUUUCGAAUCCAUGCCAACGGGAUGAGAUCCUAGUUCAGAUUAUUAACCAAAUUCAUGGCAAUCCGGAUAAAACAGCCAUUGAUAAUGGAUGGAAAUUGGUGCACAUGGCAAUUUCAGUUUUUCCACCUACUGAAAAUAUUAUUCCCAUGCUCGUUGGGUUCUUCAAGCAGGAGCCAGCUCCUUUGCGAGAGCAGUUGUUCGGUACCCUUCAAAGGAGAUUGAAAAUCUAUGAUAGUGAGGUAUGUUCACAAAUCAAAUCUACAAUUGCCAGAGAGCACCCACCAUCUAAUCUGGAACUUCAAGCCACUCCAAACAUUCCGAACACAGUAGCUGAAAUCAACUGCUACGAUGGAUUGAGCUAUGAUAUUCACUUAAACCCAUGGAGCACAACUAGUGAACUCGCUGAGCGAAUUUUGAAGCAAAGAGGAGUUGGUUUUGCUUUGGGGUGGACUGUGGAAGUGGAGACACCUAAUCGAGUUUUCGUACCAACUGGAAACCAUUUCAUCCAUGAUGUCUUUUCUCAAAUCGAAGGGGCAAAUAUGGAUUUGGAGAAUCAACAGUACAAACUUCAAUACUUUUCUAAUACGCUUAAAUCCAAUUUCAGAUCCAUAUUCUUCAAUUUCCCGCCUGAAAAACUGGUCAAAAAAGUGGCAGAAGCACAAAAACCAGAACUUGUUGAGCCAGAAGUUACGAUGACUCCAAAACAACCAAGGAAGUACCCAACACCAGAAGAAUGGAUGAAUCAGCCGCCGCAACGCACUGAGAGCAGAAAUACGCCAAUGGACCACCAAAAAAUCGAUGAGGAGUCUGAUGAGUCUCUAGUCAGAGAAUACAACGAGGAAGCUGGCUACGCGUACACGUUGCCAAGAAAAAAUAAUCCGAAGCCACAAGAAAUGGUGGAGAGUGAAACCUCAGAAAGUGAGGAAAGCGUUGAGGACGAUAAUCGUGUUGGAUAUGAGACGGUCCGCCCGAAGGAAAAUAUGAAGAUGCAGGAAACGAUUCAAGACCAUUCGCACAUUUUGAAAUCGCCGAUUCUACCAAGAAAAACUUAUUCAAGGUUGGUUUUGUUUCAUAAAUUUGGUUUCUAUAUUUUAAAACUGAAAAAAGGUGUCUCACAGAAAUCAACCGAACACCACGAGGAAUACACGCCGAUGAACUUUGCGCCACCCCCAACGUUCACCUAUCCGCAACAACAUAUGCCCAUGAUGCAGUACGUGCCUGUCAUGAUGACUUCAUCAAUGAUACCUGGCCAGCAAAUCGCAAUGAUUCCUCAGCAGAUGAUGAUGCAACCACAGUUCUCCUACGUUCCACAGUAUCCGCAGAUCCCCCAAUACCGUCCACCUGAACCUAUUCUAUCUCCUCAAAGUGUGAGAUCGGAUGUUGCACCCAUGAUGGCGGCGCCAGUAAUGUACGAUGGUCAUGAGUCAACUCGAUCUCGUGACAUUAGAAAACUGAAACGAGGAGAAGUGCCAAGCCAGUACUCAACUAUUCGGAACAUGCCGGUUCCAGAGCAUGGAAAAGAUGUUGAUCAAUUUUUAGAUGCAGUUUUUGACCAGUGCUUGUCGAAAGAUGAGCAGCGAGCUGCCGAAUUUUCAGCUCAUCAGUUGGCAGGGACCAUAAAAGGAGGAAAAGUGAGACCCGAUGGAUAUUAUGAGCCACCAUCACCACCACAGCAAACAUACUCUCCGGCUCCUCGAUAUCCAACACUUUGUCUUGUAGACGAUUCACCAGCUAGGAGCCGUGCCAAAAGUCUUCCACGUAUCAUUUCUCCAAGACACCACGAUCAUUAUGUCAGACGUCCACAUUCAAGGAAUUCCUACAGUAAUGAAUCAACAUCAUCGGAUGAUCAAAUCAAUUAUCGAACUAGAAGCCGGGAGCGUUCGCUGCCACGUUUCCACUCGAAUAAUGGAUACAACUACGACCCGUCUCAGCCAGUGUACAUGAUGCCGGUGCAAAUGAAUGGGCAUGGCGAGAUGAUUCUGUUGUCGCCAACAAUGAGAAAUGAGCAGAUAGCUUCCAGCCGUCAUGGUACUCACGAUAGAUCCCGCCGACAUGUAUCCAGUGGAGUCGAACGUUACAUGGCAAAACGAUCACCGUCUGUUGACAUACUGAAACCCCAUCUCUCCAGAAGAACACCCGACAUGCUGGAACAAACACACGUCAGACCAGCAACUCAUUUGGUACAAUCGCCGGCCGGUCGCCGCUUUGAAGAAUUUUCAGCGCUGCCGAGGGCUGACUCGCGUGCACGUGAAAGAAUGGAAAACCCUCUGUUGGCCCGCCAGUACCAGAGAACAUUCCCGUACCAGAAUGGAACUGUUGUCCCACCACCACCUUCCAGCUAUCGUUCUCCAUCACCAGCUCCAACUUCUGGAGAUCGAAGAGGUCUCAGCCGUCUUCCACAAGAAGCUUACGUUGAGCAAGCUGUGAAAAACACCAAGAACAACUCUGAGUACUUGAGCCCACAUAGAUUCAACUUGGAUGAGCAAAAGGCUGUAAUUCGUCAUGAAAAAGAAACUGCCAAAAACGCAUUGAACAUGCUUAGCGAUCGCUUAAAAAAACUACCACCACCCGUGGACAAUGUGCGUUUGAUUCGUCCGGUAACCCCACAACGACCAGUAACACCAGCACCACCUUCACCGGAGCAACUCGUUUAUGUUCGCCCACCUAGCCCAAUCCCUCAACCAACUCCCCCACCACCGCCACCACCACAAAUCCAACAGCCAAUCCGUCACGAAUGGGUUGUCAAAGAUGCAGUGGAAAGAGAUCCUGAGACUCAGGGAAGAAUUCGCGGUUCAUUUAUUAAAGAACCAUUGGUUCCACAGCCACCAAAAGCUCCGGUGGCCACUGAGAAGUCUGCUGUUAAAUUUGUAAAAGCCCCAUGGAAAUUGACCAUUCGGAAAGAGAUGUUCUAUCCCGGAGAAGUGCUAAACGACAUUCAAAUCAUUGAUCAAGUGUUCGCACAGAUUGUUGAGGACUGCAAAAAGUCGUACCCAUACAGAAUUAGGCUAGAGGAUCGGAAGCAAGUGGAGGAUGUUUUGAGAGCUCAUGAAAUCCCACCAUCUGACCUGAACAACCAAUCAAACAUUCAUCCAGACGUUAAGGUUGCCAUCAUUGAAAGAGCCAGAUUAUGGCCCUUAUAUUUCAAUCAAGUCUAUGAGGUCACCGAGAAACGCCCUGAUGAAUCAGUCAGCACGAUUUUUGCCAUCUCGGAACACGGAAUCCGUUUGAUUAUUCAUACACCACAUGACUUGGAACAUCCGUUGAAGAUUCAAGAUUUCUUCCCAUUCGAAACGAUUGCCGACGUUUCUCUCGAAGCGAAUGAUAUCCUCUCGGUUCAUGUGCGUCAUGAGAACGAGGAGAAUGCGUAUACAGCGGUCCGCAUCAAGACCAAUCAGGCUCCCCAAAUCAAGAAGACGUUGGAGAAGUGUCUCUCGGGUGGGGUCGUUCCAAAACGGAAAUUUGUCCGUGCGCUCGAAGACUAUGUGACCAGCGAGGUCAACCACUUGUCGUUCAAACAGGGCGAUGUGAUUGAACUGUUGCCAUCACCCGAAUCAGAAACGCCUCCCGUCGGAAAUUGGAUGUAUGGUAGAAUUGAGAAUCGGUUCGGAUAUUUGCUUGCGCAAUAUGUGGAUUCCGCCGCCGCUGGAGAUAACAUUCCACCAAUUAGAUCCGAAAAUAGCGCGGAGAGGGAUGAGAGAGUGAAAUUCUUCGAUGAUGAGGUUCCAUUCUCCAGUGAGCGAUACACGAUGCUCGAUUUUGCGACCAAGUAUUUCCGUAAACCUAAAGAUAAGAAGAAACAAGAAGAAUGGGCUUGGGAAGACAUAUCACAAGCUGUUCGAUACAGUGAAAGACCGAUUUCUCACAGUCUCUUGGCAGAUUUGGGAUCCGACGAAUCGAAAUACGCAGUGGAGACAUUCCAUGCCAUCAUGAAAUUUAUGGGAGAUGAGCCUUUGAAGAAAUCUGAAUCGAUGACUGAUGUGGUCUUCAAGGUUUUGAUCAUCUGCCACAGACAGCCAACACUGAGAGAUGAAGUCUAUUGUCAGCUUAUCAAGCAAACUACCUCAAACACAUCUAACAAACCGAACAGCUCUCUCCGUGCUUGGAGACUUCUCACCAUUAUCACUGCUUACUUCCCAUCCAGCCUAACUUUGAAACCCUACAUUCUUCAAUAUCUCGGAGACAAUGCCGACGAUUGGCAGAGACCGUACCAUGGUACCGCACGAAUUUGCCAAACAAACAUGAUUCAAACGUUCAAGUACGGUGGGCGUAAAGUUCUACUGAAUGCUCUAGAAGUUCAACAGAUUACGGACGGAAGUCAACUGAGACGUCAAGCAUUCUUCAUCUCACGAGAACAUAGUGUCAACCAGACACUUCGUCCAAUUGCAGUAGUCGAGGAGAUGAUUCAGGAACUUUGUAGUCUGUUGAAUGUGAGAUCACUUCAUGAGCAACAAGAAUUCUCGUUGUGCUACACUGUUGGAAAAGGUGGCUCCUUUGAAACUUGCAUUUUUGAAUGGUCCCUAAUUUUAGAAAAACGCCUCAACUACUGCAAGAACGAUAGCUACUUGAUGGACAUCAUCACCGAAUGUGAACACAAGAAACUUCCGUUCCAAUUCCAUCUUAAGCGAACUGUUUGGGUUCACCCGUUACGAUAUGAUAACGCCGCGUACAUUGACUCGAUGUUUGACCAAUUGAUCGACGAUUAUCUGCGCGGAUCACUCAUUUCGACCAACUCGCUGGGUCAAUUGACUGCUGCCACAACAGAGGAGAUUAUCAAAUUAGCUGCCUACUUGUUCCUCCUACUUCCAAAUGAUAAUGCAAAGAGACUUACUGCCCGAAAGAUCAGAGUUUAUGGAGUUACGCAAGACACUUCCUCAAAUUGUACCCAAAAGUGUCAUCGAACCCAAGCAUCGACACCAGGAAGAGAUGGUGACGCGUAUCAAUCGACAACUGAAAAUGUUCGGUGGUCGAAUGUAUUCCCCAAACUACGGGAACUUUUGUCAACAUGGCCUUUGUUUGGUGUCCUGCACUACCGGUUAAAAUCCGUCGUUGAGAAUGGCAACCAAUUGCCAGAGGUGAUUCUGACGAUAAACAAGUCUGGAAUUCAGUUACUGCAACCAAAAUCAAGAGAGGUUUUUAAACAGAGAAAUUAUGAUCAGGUACUAAUGACCAUUGAAUCGGUCGAAAGUAUUCGGAAGACUGCGUACAGAAUUGUCCGAUUGGUGAUAAACACCCCGGAGGGUGAGGAAGCAUUGGACAUCAAAACGGACGAGGCCGACGAAAUUUCUCACUUGAUUGGUCAAUACAUGUUUGUGACUGGCGGCGUCGAAGAUCGGGACCGAGGGUCGUCAACGGAGCUGUGA